UAAUAAAAAGAAGAAGAAGAAAAAAGAGGACGCCGCCGCAGCGCCCAACCCAACCCAACUCCGGUACGCCGUCGUCUAGGGUGCCAUGGUCGCCGCUUUGGCUGGCCGGCGCCGCUGCCUCUAGCUCCACCGCUCCACGCCUCCAUCCUCGGCCUCAAGUGCACCGCAUCCUCCGCCUCGCCGGACCACCGCGAAUCUCCCUCCGCCUCGACUCGACGGACAGCUGCCGUGGUCUUCCGCCGCCGCCUCAACCUCUGUCUUCUUGCACCCAAGUCAAGUCCGACAUCAUCAUUCAUCCUCUCCCCGUUGUCAAAGCGGAACACCAUGCAUGCAUGUUUCCAACAGGCGGGUGCCACUGAGGGAUUGACUGAACUGAAUAGCGUUGCUGCACAAGGACUUGCAGAUUUCAAACUACAAAUUAAUUUAAUCCAAGUAGAGCUACACUAGUGUCUUUGUUUGUCACAAGGGCGUCUAAUCUUAAUUUUCAUACGCUGGACAGGAAGAACAUGGGUGCAACCAAAGUUCAGGAAGCUAAGGUUCACAGGGCGCACGUACGUACCACACUCACCAAGGAUGGGUGUGUCCAGAGGCUGGAGCCUCUUGCACUUCGCUCGGCAGGGGCCGGUUGGCCAAUCCAAGGUGAAAUGGUAGCGAGGUUGAAGGCUGCUGGCCUUCUGCCACUGGCCCGAAUGAUGGAAGGAAUUCCCAGGGAUUUCCUUGACAGGGAUCUUCUCAGCGCGCUAGUUGAUCGUUGGAAUCCAAGGACUCAUACAUUUCAGUUUCCAUGGGGAGAAAUGGGAGUGAGCCUCAAGGACGUCAGCAUGCUUCUAGGGCUACCAAUCAAGGGAGACCCCAUCGCUAAGCCAGCUGAUCCGAAAAACUGGGCGCAAGAUAUGGGCACGAGGUUUUGCAAGCACGUCCCAGAAUAUGACUCGGUGCUGAAUGUUUCAAAUACACCCAGCAGUGAGGCUAAGAAACCCACGGAGGAGCUGCGCGGGUUCUCAAAGAAACCGGCAAAGAGAAGAAAAAUAUCAGCGAAGCAGACUGAGCACCCACAGCUCAAGGAGUCUGUGCAGUUGGCCACAAAGAAAUCCACCAAGCUCAAGGAGCCCGAGGAGGAGGAGGAUUCCGCAAAGCUGCGUGGGCCCACAUUGGCAUGGUUGCGUAGCACGUAUGGGAAGCUUGUCAGGCUGAAGGAACUUACCGAGGAGCAGAGCCAGUGCGCCGUAGAGAUAUACGUGCUCUGGCUCUUUGGCUGGGUAAUGUUCACCAGCACCCAUGGUGACUGCGUCGAGCCUCGACUCAUCGAGUAUGCGAUGGAUAUUGCCUACUCAAAGAUAGAGGACUUACAAGUGUCUUUGUCCAUUGAGAAAGGCUGUUGCUGACGCUGAUGCUGAUAGGAAACUUUUCCUUGUGGCUUUGAAGGAGAACUUUUGUUGUUUAGAUUAUAAUUCUUUCUUUUGUGACCAUGCACAUAGUUGAGUGUACCACCAUGUGUGGCUUUUAGUCUCUCCUCUUCUUGAACACACAUUGCUAUUGUCUUUUCUACGUCCCAUGUUCCAGGUGACAUAUUAUAGUUCACUACAAAAGCUUCAAA